AUGGUGUCGGUGGUAUGGGCUCAGCAGAAGAGGCAGGCAAGACAGCGUCGCCGGCCACAGAAGCGGGAGGACCUCCAGAAGAUGGAAGGCGAAGAACAUUCGAGAAACCGUUCGGGGUAUGGGGCCGCCCCGGUCGAAGACGAAGAUCAAGAAGUCGCAGCCGAUCCUCAAGAAGAUCGAGAAGCCGGAGCCGAUCAUCAAGACGAAGAUCUCGAGACCAAACCUGGCUUACAGGGCUUGAGAAAUAAGGCUCGAGAAAACCCCAGUGAGGAUGGUGUUCGGUAA